AUGGAAUCACCACAGCAUGCAAGUUUUGUUACACAUAUUAACCAAAGAAUACCGCUAAUUAUGUCUACACCUCUUCCAGUUUUAAAAGGUUUGUCGGAUAUAUAUCCUUUGCUAAUAAUCAUUGAUAAUAUUUUGAGUACAUUGUUAUGGACCACUGAUGAUUCUGGUACAAUUUUUGUAAACAUGGUGAUGAUAUGUCUCAGUAUACGAUAUUUAAUCAUACCUACUAAACUUAAUUUGACUGAAAUAACCAGUCAAUAUGUGCUAUUAGAUUAUCUUGGAUUGUUAUGUUCAAGCUUUCUUUUCUGCUCCAUAGGUUACUACUUUCAUACCGUUAUAUCGGAGACAAGGAAUUCAGAACCACCAACAGUUGAUGAUAUUGUUAUGUUGUUGGAAAAUGUUGAGAACAAGUUACAUGUUAUUAAGAAACAGGUUUUAAAUUUAUUUAUGAUUGAUAGUUAUAAAAUAUUCUUCCAAUGGUUGACUUUAGCAACUUUCAUUCAAGUAUUAAUUUUCAGACUUCAUUUUAUACCAUAUAUCGAUGAUACCAAGUCAUAUUUAAUUUUAGCAUUCAUCUUAAGUUCAAUAUUCCACACUAGAACAUGCCAAGGAUUGUUGCAGCUAUUAUGGAGAAUUAAAGCUGUAAGAAUUGCAUAUUUCUGGUGGAGAGGGUCAAAUGAUAAGUUAUACAGUGUAAAACGUUUAACGCCUUUAGCUUAUUUUAAUAUGAUAAUUUCAGAUAAAUCAUAUAUUACUGUUACCUUGACUAUUCAUAACACAGAUGAGCUAACCAAGAUUGAAACAUUAAGAAAUAGAUUAAUAGAACUAUAUGAACAAGGAGAACAUAGCACACAGCAAACUGAAAUGUCUACACCUUCUUUGACUUUCAACAUUAUAAAGUUAACUGUUCAAGAAAAUCAAAGAAAAUGGGGAGGUAUUAAUUGGACAGGAGAAACAUUAUCCUAUGAGAGAACAAACUUCAUAAUUAAUUCUCCAUUUGGGACUAUAUUCAAUUCUGAUAAUCCUUUAAAUUAUGACACAACUUUUCCAGGAAAUUGGAUUAAACUAGAUGAAACAUGGAAUAAGUCCCCUUGGACAUACCAGGAUGGUAAUUGGGGAAUUAUUGGGUCAAAGGACUCUCCGGAAUGUUUUACAAGAUCUAGAACUUGGAGUUUAAGAAUAUUUCAAAGGAAAAUCUAA